GUUGUGAAUCACCAUCAUGGCAUAUUUGGGAUAUUUCGAGUGUGGAUUUAUAUUUUUCCUUUCUUUGCUGGAUUCUGCGUUUGCUCAGAUCGUCUAUUCCGUACCGGAAGAGGUAAAUAAGGGAACAGCUGUUGGCAAUAUAGCGAAAGACCUGAACAUAAAUGUUCACGACCUGGAAUCUCGCAUGUUUGAGAUCGUGACUGGAUCAAAUAAGAAGUAUUUUGAUGUAAAUCUGAAAACUGGCGUGCUGUUUGUUAAUGAAAGGAUUGACCGUGAGGAAAUAUGUAUGUCGAACCAGAAAUGCUCUUUGAAUAUAGAGGCCCUCGCUAAAAAUCCUCAUCGUCUUUACAGGGUGGAGGUUAAGAUCUUGGAUAUAAACGACAAUGCGCCACAUUUUCCUGUGAACGUGUUUACAAUAAAUAUAACUGAAACAGCCAAUCCUGGCGAGAGAUUUCCUCUCCCUGUGUCCGAGGACUCUGAUGUUGGCAGUAAUUCACUGAAAGAGUACAAACUGAGUCCGAAUGAACAUUUCAGUCUCGAUACACUGAGUGAAGAGCAGAGUGUGUCUGCGGAGUUAGUGCUGAACAAGGCUUUAGAUCGAGAGAAGCAAGCGACUAUUAAGUUAGUUCUCACCGGGACAGAUGGAGGAAAACCACCUAAAUCAGGAACUUUAAAUAUUAUUAUAAACGUCAUGGAUGCUAAUGAUAAUAACCCAGUGUUCAGUCAACCUCUUUACAAAGUCAAACUGAAGGAAAAUGUUGCUGCUGAUACUAAAGUUUUAUCUGUGUUUGCCUCUGACUUGGAUGAAGGAAUAAAUAGUGAAAUCAUGUACUCAUUUGCUGGUCACGGAAAGAAACAAGACACGUUUACCAUUAUUCCUGAGACAGGAGAUAUUGUUGUAAAAGGGCAAAUUGAUUACGAGGAAAAUCCUGCUAUUGAGUUACGAGUUCAGGCAAGAGAUAAAGGCAGCCCACCAAGGAGCACACAUUGUAAAGUUUUAAUAGAAGUUAUGGAUGAAAAUGAUAAUGCACCAGAGAUAGUUACGACUCCUCUGCUGGAAAGUGUGAUAGAGGACGCAAAACCGGGAACUGCUGUUGCUUUAGUCACAGUGUCUGAUAAAGAUGGAGGUAAAAAUGGCAUUGUUCACUGUGCGCUGAAAGGCUCGUUUCCUUUCAAAUUGGAGACGUCAUAUAACAAUCAUUAUUCUCUAGUGGUAGACGGACCUCUGGACAGAGAGAGUGUUUCUCAGUAUAACAUCACAAUUACAGCUUCAGAUGAAGGAACUCCGGCUCUUUCCAGCAGCACUGUUAUAACUGUACAUAUCUCUGAUGUUAAUGACAAUGCCCCACAUUUCCCAGCACCCGUUAUUAACGCUUUUCUAAGUGAGAAUGGUCAAGCUGGAGGUCUCGUGACAAAAGUGACAGCUGAUGAUUCAGACACUGGUGAGAACGCAGAACUUUCAUAUUCACUGUUAGACAGUUCCAGCUCCAGAGUUCCUGUAACAACACUGAUCAAUAUAAACUCUUUGAGUGGAGAAAUAUUCAGUUUGCAAUCAUUUAAUCACGAAGAAACAAAAAGAUUUCAGUUUGAAGUGAUGGCAACAGACUCUGGUGUUCCUCCUCUGAGCAGUAAUGUGACUGUAAAUGUGUUUAUUCUGGAUGAAAAUGACAACAGUCCAGUUAUUUUACCGCCUUAUUCUGAUCCUGGAUCAGUUAAUACUGAGAACAUUCCCUACUCUGCUGAAGCGGGAUACUUUGUAGCCAAGAUCAGAGCUGUUGAUGCUGACUCUGGAUAUAACGCUCUUCUGUCUUAUCAUAUAAGUGAAGCCAAAGGAACUAAUCUCUUCCGCAUUGGAAGCAGCACUGGAGAAAUAAAGUCUAAGAGGCGAAUGAGUGACAAUGACUUAAGAACUCACCCACUUAUUAUUACAGUGUCUGAUAAUGGAGAGCCAUCACUCUCAGCGACUAUGUCCAUGGAUGUUGUGGUUGUUGAGAGUCUGGAUGACAUAAAGACAUCAUUCAGAGAAGUUCCUGUUAAAGAGGAGAGUUUCUCAGAUCUGAAUGUGUAUCUGCUCAUCGCUAUCGUCUCAGUAUCAGUCAUCUUUUUACUGAGUCUCGUGGGUUUGAUAGCAGCUAAAUGCUACAGGACAGACGGCAGUUUCAGCAGGUACAGCGCUCCAGUGAUCAGCACCCAUCCAGACGGAAGCUGGUCCUUCUCUAAAUCUACUCAACAGUAUGACGUGUGUUUUAGUUCAGACACAAUAAAGAGUGAUGUAGUCGUUUUCCCCUCGCCGUUUCCACCAGCAGACGCGGAGUUGAUCAGCAUUAAUAGUGGAGAAGACACUUUUACGCGCACCCAGACUCUUCCUACGACCGGAAAGGUAAGCUACUGCUUACUUAUCUGUACAUAUAAAUUCACUGCAAUUAAAUUACACGCUGCAAUUUGUGUGGAACGUUUCAGAGACACACUGCUCCUUACUUAUUUGGGUAAUGAAGUAACUUAA